AACGAGGUAAAGGAAUGCAGUCCUUAGGAACGGUAGAGAUAAACGACGGGAAAAUCCGGAGAGAGUGGUGUAGGAGGGUAAUGGUCCUAAACGAAGCUCGCCAUUCCCUCUGAACUCCGUCUCAUGGCUCACCCUCCACUCAGCAACUCGCUCUCUCUCCUUCCCAAUCCCAAACUCGUUCCUCUAUGUGCAUGCACGUGCCGUCCCUUCUCUUCACAAUCCCUAAUUCUCCAUCGCCAUCAUCACCACCACAAUCCUUCACUCUCGCUACUCUUCACCAAACCCAAACCGCUCCUACGCUUCACGCACCGAACCCUCAUCCUCGCUGCCGUUGGCCAGGCCGAACCGGAACGGCUCCCUCAACCCAAUGCCCCAAAGGAGGAUUUGCUUGUGAAAUCUCAACAUCAAGUUAGCCAGUUAAGGAACAGAAUUGUUUUUGGACUUGGAAUUGGGAUUUCUGUGGGUGGUGUUGUUUUGACCGGAGGAUGGGUUUUCACAACUGCCCUGGCUGCUGCUGUCUUUACUGGGGCACGUGAAUAUUUUGAAUUGGUUCGGAGUCGUGGAAUUACUGCAGGAAUGACGCCACCUCCACGCUAUGUGUCACGAGUCUGCUCUGUCAUUUGUGCCUUAUUGCCAUUGUUUGUCAUGUAUCGUGGUCAUAUUGAUGUUUCUGUGACUUCUGCUGCUUUUGUUUUGGCCACGACAUUAUUCUUACAAAGAGGAGGUCCCCGUUUUGCACAGCUAAGUAGUGCUAUAUUUGGGUUAGUUUAUUGUGGAUAUCUUCCCUGCUUCUGGGUUAAGCUUCGAUGUGGUUUAGCAGCUCCAGCCUUGAACACAAAAAUAGGAGCAAAAUGGCCUGUGCUUCUUGGUGGCCCAUCUCAUUGGACAGUUGGUCUUGUGGCAACUUUGAUUACCAUAAGCAGCAUAAUUGCAGCUGAUACAUUUGCUUUUCUUGGUGGCAAGGCAUUUGGUAGAACACCACUUACCAGUAUAAGUCCAAAGAAGACAUGGGAGGGUACUAUUAUAGGCUUUUGUGGGUGUAUAGUUACUACUGUUGUGCUGUCAAAAAUUUUUAGCUGGCCUAUAUCAUUAUCAAGCGCAAUAGCUCUUGGUGUUCUGAAUUUCGUUGGGUCUGUUUUUGGUGAUCUCACUGAAUCAAUGAUUAAACGUGACGCGGGGGUGAAAGACUCUGGCUCACUGAUACCUGGUCAUGGUGGAAUACUAGACAGAGUGGACAGUUAUGUGUUUACGGGCGCUCUCGCAUACAACUUCGUCAAAACAUUUUUACCGCUGUAUGGAGUAUGACAUGAAAUAGUGCAGUAAAUUUUUGAAAGAUAGGUGGUAUCUUCAUGGUAUGUUCACUGACAAUGUUGGCAUGUUAUCAACCGCGAAUUGAAUUUAAAAUUUGGUAGAAACGCCUGGAUAGUUUUCGUGGGAUCAAAAGACAGGAUAACGUGUAAAUAAAUUUGGAUAUGCUUGCUGGUGGGAAAGAGAUUUUUUCUAAUGAUCACCAGAAAACGAGAAGCAGGAAUUUUCUUAUCAUCCCAUGCCAAGUUAACCAUAGUUUAUACUUUAUGUUGCUUCUUUUCCAAAUUCACAUGAGGUCACGGCUAUGAGGACGAAACAUGGUUAGCAUUGGUUGUGUAUUGUGACUUGUAAAUAGCCACAAUUGACUUUGAAAGAAAAUGAACAAUUGCAGUUACUCCAAUUCUUUUGAUAUCUCGUAGAUCAAUAUACCAAGGAUAUUGUAGAACAAUCGUUAAGAAUAAUUUGUUUCUAGUAAAUUUUUGUUAUUU